UUUAAUAUAUCAACCUGUUUACUAUAUUAUCACCUGCUGUGUCUAUACAUAUCCAUAUAUUGUUUGAUAAAAUAAUUCACGGAUUUAUUUUUAUUUGUAAGAUUUCUCAGUGACUAUGGGCUGUCGUCAUGGCCUGAAGUCUUGUUUCUAUGUGCGAAUUUUCUAGGUACAUGUAAAUGUAUACACGCCUCGGGGGUUUGCCAGCAACUUAGGAAGUCCUGGUUGUCAAACAAACUGAGGUCACUAGUCGUGAAUCACCUUCCUAAGUUAAGGGAGCAAAUCAAGAUGGACAAAACGGACAAAGAGAGACGUCCUCACUGGACAAAGAUUACUGGAUACGUUCUCAACCUUAUCAAUAACCUGAUUGCAAUGUUGUCGGUUGUAGUCUACUUGCAUUCGGUAAGAUGGGCUCUUCCAGCCGUUGUGAUGGUUGGAACAGCCCCAUUCUUCGUUGGACUAUGGGGAGGGAUACGUCUAGUGACGAGCAUCUUACCUAAAGGAUGCUACCGGAAGGCCGAUGACUUUCUGUACACUAUUUACCAACGGAUGACAAUCUUUUUCUUCUACCAUGUAUCGGGCGUCGAGCUAUUGGCAUAUGGCGACACAGAUAUUUUGAAAAAGAAAGAAAAUGCAAUUUAUCUCUGCAAUCACCAAAACACAGUUGACUGGAUGAUUGCCAAUUACGUAGCGAUACACCAGGGCUCACUGGGACAUAUACGAUAUAUCCUGAAGGAUGGACUCAGAUUCUUGCCAUUUUAUGGUCCUUACUUUAAACAGCAUGGCUGUGCAUAUGUCAAAAGAGGAGGAAAAUUUAAUCAAGAAAAAUUGAAGAAAGACAUUUCUGUCAUCAAAAUGAAAAAGGAACCGAUAUGGUUAGUCAUAUUCCCUGAGGGUACCAGAUACAAUCCAGACCUUCCCAAUGUAAUAGAGAGGAGCAGGACAUUUGCCAGAGAUCAAGGACUUAAAGAAUUACAGAAUGUGCUUUCACCCCGUACAAAAGCUGUAUACACGUGUAUAGAACAGUUAGCUGGUCACGUGGAUGUUGUGUAUGACAUCACUAUUGCCUAUAGCAACACAAAAGACAGUUCUGGUCGCCGCAAAGUAGCGCCACCUAUGACAGAUUUCCUGAUGGGUAAGGUUCCCAAGCUUCACCUGAACCUAGAGCGGAUUCCAUUAGAGAAUGUUCCUAAGGAAGAAGAUAAGCUCCACCUAUGGUUGCACAGACUCUAUGAGAAGAAGGACAAAAUGAUGACAGACUUUUACUCUGAUGAUGUCAGUGUGCACAAUGCUGGUAAAUUUCCGGGAGUAGCUAAGACUAUCACGUUUACAUAUCUCCAGACCCUACCCUCUAUGCUUUUCUUGGUCGCGGGCACUGGUCUGAUUCUUGCCAGCCCUGAAGGUCGCAUCGCCUUCGGAAAGUACUGCUUGUUUGGAACCCUAGCAGGCUGGGUGUGGAUGGCCUUCCGAUCAUGAUGUGGUGUUAUUUAUGAUUGUUCCAAUGUGCUGUAAAACUUUGUCAAAUUUUGUGCCAAUUUGUAGUCCUUUCGAGUCCUUAUUUGUUGAUGUAGACCCUUCAAGAGGAGGUGUUUAAAACUUAAAAUCAGCACAGUAGUUCAUUAAUUAUGCUUCAACUGCGGAGGAUUUUGAGGGUAAGAUAAGACUGUCAAUAGUUCAAUACAAAAUGUAUGUCAUUUGAGUUGUACUCGAUCAAUACUGGGAACAAGAUUUUUUAGUACAUUUACCACAUCUUUUUGCUUCUUGUCUUUCAGAUUUUUGACUAAAAUAUAUUUAAACAGUUAUUUAUCAUGUGUUUCAUUGAUGUAUAGUACUAAGUAUUAAGAUUAUAUUUUACAAUCAUUUCAUUUGACUAAAUUAAGCAUGAUGUAAACAUAUAUACAAAUGCAUUAUAGCGUACUUGUGUAAUUCACAAAUACAGGAAAUAUGUACAUUCUUGUAACUGAUUUAUGUAAUACAAGUAUUAGUGUUAUGUUAUAAACUAUUGUAGCAUGUAAUACAAGUAGUUGUA